AUGGUCAAGAACAAUGGACCGUUGCAGAUCCGUCUGACUGAACCGGUCAUCUUUCUCAAAGGACCUUCAACAGGUUUGGACUUUCGUGGUAGACCUCAAGCUGUAAGACAGGAUGGACCAUCUGCUAUGGUCAGAGGCUUGUUGACUCUCCGCUUGAGCAAACCUACUAGGAUAAGGAGUAUAACCAUAAAGCUAGAAGGGAAGGCUAGAACGGAAUGGCCGGAAGGUAUUGGAUCUAAACGGAUGGAUACACAUGAAGAACAUGUGAUACUCGCUGAUCAAACCACAUUCUUCAAUGCAAUGUCACAAGAGACCUCUCGAUCAAGAUCAACUCGAAGAGCUCUAUCGCUUGGUCCUGGUUUUCGUCCUGGAUAUGAGGAUGACGAUUUAGAUGGGGAUAUAGAUACAAUACCCAGAGAUGGUGUUGACGGAGAUGAUUGGGUGAACGUUGAGAGACCUCAUAGGGCUAUGAUCAGAAGUAGCAGUGCUAUGCCUGGAACACACGAUGGUCACUCUUGGCAUAGAGAUGGAUUUUCACGUAGACCCAGUUUUGACGAUUCACCUUCUGUUCGUUCAAGUCUACUUGAUUUGGCCAAUCUCAAUGUUCAAGACCGUGGUCCUUCCCCGGCAUACACACCAAACGCUUCUCCGCCUAGACGAUCUUCCCAAUUACCAGGACAUGGUUCAAGACAAUCUUCACUUCGACAAAGUAAUCCACCUCUCCCUGUCAGCUCACGUGAACCCGCUCUAUCUCCUAUCGCAUCUGCCGCUCCAUCACAAUCAGCCUCCGAAAGGGGCGAUAGUGCCGAAGCCGAGCAUCGUCGAGCGGCUCACAUCAGAAGUGCCCUCUCAGGUGAUGCUGUACAAGAAGGCGCAGUAUGGUCCCCUCCUCCUUCUCAACCACAAGAUGAUAAUGCUUUAGAAGAUGAAGAAACUGACUCACCAGCAUUGCGUCCUAUAAUCAAUGCGAGAAGUAGUCAUAUGAGCACCGGGGAAGUCAGAUUUCAGGAUCCUCCAUUAGAAACUGUAGAGGAACCUAUCAGUACUCCAUCCACUGUUCCUCCCCCUAACAAUCGUGCCGCAUCGGUUCGAACAUUUAACUCGCAAUUCUCCUCUUCAUCUGCCUCACUCUCCCUUUCCGCUCAAGAGCCCACAGCAACAGAAAAUCAUCCCACCGGCGUCCAAGCUAUCUCCGUGGCCAAUACAGCCCAUAAUUCCCCCGCUAACUCUGCGCCGCCAUCUAUACACCAACGCACAUCCACAGAGACGCUCAACGACUCAAGCCCAAACACUUCCCGUCGUACAAGCGUUCUUGCCCCUGAACCAGCCGCCACUGUAACUCGUCGAGGACGUAGCUCUCGUACUGGAAGCGCUUCAACUAUUGUCGAAACCCCAGGAUUAGGAUCUCAAGUCAACCUCCCUUCCUCCUUGCGGAAUGCAUCUGGCCAACAACGAGCUGCUAGCGGCACGCCCUCUCUAUCAUCCGCCCCUAGCCUGCAACACCUUCGUAACGCAUCUAGUACCCAUCGCGAUUCAAGUGAAGAUAGUCGCGGUAGGAAAAGUUCCAAAUUCAGUCUGGCGGCGACUCUUCGAGGUAUCAGUCGCGAUGUCAAAGAAACGUUUCAUCAUAAUCGACAUGCAUCCAAAAGUCGAUCACGAAGAGAAAGUCCAACGAGAGAUAGUAUCAGUGAUCGCCCCCCUCUACCGACCUCAUCCUCCUCGACAACCAGCAUGACCAUGGCUAGAAGUGGAAGUGGAACGACUGUCAAUGACACUCGAAGGCGGCCUGCCGUUGUACCCGACGACUUCGUCCCUUAUGGUCGAGGAGGAGCUGGAUCGACUAGCAGACAAAGCAGAUCAAGAGAAAGAGAUGCAAGCGCUCGUGGCAGGGAUGAAGAGAGAAGUAGAAGCAGAGCCAGAGGCAGGCAUAUAGGCAUGAAAGUCUUAACGGAUAAACUGGGACUCGGAGAGCACGAGGAAGCAAGUGAUGACGUGCAUAACUGGAAAGAAUUCCGCAAAGAAUUCGGCUCUGUGACGUAUCGAUUAAAAGCUAGUGUGGUCCGAGUCGGUGCUCUCACUCCAAACCUCACCGAAGAUAUGGAAAUAAACAUGAUUGCUCAACCGCAAGAAGACGAUAUGGAAGAGACUGAGAACGUUCUUGUAGAGAGACAAUGGGAAGAACAGAUGAGAUAUCAGAUUACAUUAGGUGGAAAAGCUUUCCCUAUUGCCGGGACUAUCCCAAUAAGCAUCAGAUUGAUGCCACUGCUCAAAUGUAAAAUCCAUAGAUUGACCGUGGCUUUAGAGGAGAAAAAAGUUGCACGACAUGAAACACCUAAGCGAUUCGUUUUACUCUUCAUCAAGCAGCCUGACGCCAAGGAACGCAUUGAACCGUUGCUUCCGAUCAUUUCCGACGACCCCAACGCUGCUGAGAAUUCACCUGUCGCUGAAAUGGCUCGUCAAGCGGUCAUCAACAACCCUCCGACCGAUGUAUUCGAUCUGGAACGUGAUCCAAAUGAUUCCAUGUAUGCUCAAUUGAUGGAGCCUACUGGACCAUGGCAUCUGGAGAAAGAUUUGCAUAUUCCCGAUUGUACAUCAAAAAUCAAAUUCACAACCAAACAUGAUCAAACGAAUAUAACCGUGGGACACUGGCUUAAGGUCACCAUUCGUGUUGAGCGUGGUGAUGAUGAAGCCAUGGAUACAAAGGGAAGAAGAAAGCAAUUUGAUAUCAUCAUAGAAACGCCAAUCAAGAUUCUCGACUGUCGAGUGAACUCUCACUGGAACUCGUUACCUACGUACAGUGCAUUGAACAGAGGUGUAUCAUCUAUACCCGGAGUUUGUUCAGUACACGGUAACAAGUCGACUGCGCCUAUUGCAGGAUCCGGUAGACCUGAGAACAACCUGAUCUCUACCGCCUCAUCUAUUAUCAUACAUCCUCAUGCUUCUGAUGUCGGUUCGUCCCACAUACCUAGAAGAGCAACAGUGGACCUUACGACAGGACCUACCGAGACGGGAGAAGAUUCUCUCUUGGAAAGAAAUAUAGUAUAUGAUAGAUUAAUGUCUGGUCAACAGACCGAAACCGGUGAAAUACCACCUUCAUAUGGUGACGUCUUGGCUGAAGCCGCAAGAGGUUCAGGAAGGAAUUCGAGAAGUGUAAGCAGGGUCAGAGAAAUGACUACGGACAGUCAAGACCAACUUUCUUUCACAACAAGAGGAAGACCAGAUUCAACAAGCAGAAGUAGAUCGAGAUUAGGAAUGAGGGAUUAA